UUUGUCAACAGAAGUCACUCCCAUGCCUCGUGGGACUAUCAGGCAAUCUGAAUCCACUAGGAAGGAAUUCAUAAGCAGAAGACACGCGCUGUUUAUUCAGACUGUUUUAGAGCUCUUAAAGGUCGCUGGUUUAGAAGUACAAACCUUCUGGAUUGAUUAUGCAUUCUGUUAAAACCCUACGGGCGUCCAGAGCUGGCAUUCUGCUCAUUAGAAACGCUAGAAAAUGGGAGAGAGCUGCGGGAAAUUUGGACAGAAGACGCUCACCUGCUCGGCCGUUGUACACGAGCGCAACUCCAGGCCAGCAUCCGCGCCAUCAGCACGUGAUCACAGAGACGGACGCCGGGGCGUACAGUAAGAAGAUGGUUUCUGGGUUGGAGGACCUGUUGUUCUACACUAUCACCCAGGGAGAAGAGAACAUCUCAGUGGGACGUUUCCUGGCUGCACUCAGAAGCACAGGCUUGCUGACCUCUGACCCCCGUUUGAAAGACUGCAUGCGGCAGAUCCACCAAGCUGUCCAAGAGUCUGUUGGAACAGCAAUGAUGGACCAGGAACUGUUCAGAAAAUGUGUUGGCAGUAACAUAGUCCUCCUGUCUCAAGCUUUCCAAAGGAAGUUCAUCAUUCCAGAAUUCGAAGCCUUUACAUCCCUCAUAAACCAUCUGUAUUAUAACACACAGGCUCAGAAAGGAGGGAAAGUAGCAAACUACAUCCCUCAGUUAGCUAAGUUCAGUCCGGACCUGUGGGGAGUUUCUCUGUGCACAGUGGAUGGUCAAAGGCAUGCUAUAGGAGACACCAAUAUGCCAUUCUGUCUGCAGUCAUGUGUGAAGCCUCUGGAGUAUGCGCUGGCUGUGCACGAGGCUGGCACUGAACAUGUGCACAGAUAUGUGGGGAAAGAACCCAGUGGCCUCAAAUUCAACAAACUCUAUUUAGAUGAAGAGGAUAAACCUCAUAAUCCCAUGGUAAAUGCAGGAGCCAUUGUAAUCAGCUCUCUUCUAAAGCCUGGUUCCAACAAGGCAGAGAAGUUUGACUUUAUGAUGGAUUAUCUGAAGAGAAUGGCUGGUAGAGAAUAUGUUGCGUUCAGUAAUGCGACUUUCCAGUCAGAGAGAGAGACCGGUGACAGGAACUAUGCAAUUGGCUAUUAUCUCAAAGAGAAAAAAUGUUUUCCCAGUGGAGUUGACAUGACGGCAGCCCUUGACUUCUACUUUCAGCUGUGUUCUAUUGAGGUGACAUGUGAGUCUGGAAGCGUCAUGGCAGCCACUUUAGCUAAUGGAGGCAUCUGUCCAAUCACAGGCGAGCGUGUGCUCAGUGCCGAGGCCGUCCGGAACACUCUCAGUCUCAUGCACUCCUGUGGCAUGUACGACUUCUCCGGCCAGUUUGCCUUUCACGUGGGUUUGCCUGCUAAAUCUGGGGUGUCUGGUGCCGUGCUGCUCGUGGUUCCUAAUAUCAUGGGGGUCAUGUGCUGGUCUCCAGCUCUUGACCGUGUUGGCAAUAGCAUCCGAGGCAUCUACUUCUGCCAGGAGCUAGUCUCCCUCUUUAACUUCCACAACUAUGACAACCUGAGACACUUUGCGAAGAAGUUAGACCCUCGCAGACAGACAGGCCACGAGAGGAACAAGUCUGUGGUGGACCUGAUGUUUGCUGCUUACAGUGGCGAUGUUUCAGCUCUCAGAAGAAUCGCUCUCUCUGCUGUUAAUAUGGAGUUGACUGACUAUGACACCCGUACCGCCCUACAUGUGGCCUCAGCAGAAGGGCACUUGGAUACAGUCAAGUUUUUAACACAUACCUGCAAAGUCAACCCCAAUGCAAAGGACAGAUGGGGGAACACACCUCUUGAUGACGCUAUGCAGUUUGGGCACAACGCCGUGGUCAAGGUACUACAAGAGUACCAGAGCAUUUACACACACACACUAAUGCCAGAGGAGCUCAGCGCAGACACGUGUCCCGAUUCCACCAUGGACGCAGAGGAACUGAAGAGCAUGGAGACUCUGGAGGGUUUAGUAUGAGCAAGAACUGCCAUGAACAUCCCAAACUUCAGUCUCUCAUGACUUCUGGGAAGCAUGUGGGUGUGAGAUUUAUGACAAAGCCUGUGUAAGGACAUGCUGAGCAGGUGCGCGCAGGUGUUAUAGAGAUAGUGCUUCAAACCAAAGCUCUGCUGUAUGUAGACCUCAGCUAGCUUCUGUUGAUGGUUUAAGAUGGUCAUUACUGUAGUCUCUCAGACCUCCAUCAGUCUACUGUGGGAUUAUGAAACUACCAGGUUCUUCCAAGUAUUUUCUGGUACAGCUCCUCAAGGACAGUUUGGUUUGUGAUUGGACCAAUUUAGAAAUGCAGAAGCUUCCUUUCCCUUCACGUCUAUCACUGCAGAAGUAUUUUUACAUAAAAGCACUUAACUUAGCCAGUAACCUUAGUAACUAGGAGCCAGAUUCACAAAACUUUCUUUAGAUUAAAAUUCUUCUUAACUGCUAUUUUCUUCUUCAUAACUGACUGUAUUCUGUAUUCCCAAAAUACUUAAGAAAAUAGAUUCUUAAGCAUUCUUAAGA